AUGAAUAUUUCCGCAGUCGCUAAGCGGUUCGCGUCGGCAAUCGUACCGUCCAAUUCCAUUUCGAUGGGAACUUCGUCGCGAUUUCUCGGAGAAUCUCUCCUUCGUCGACUUACAUUACAUUUACAGGCUUGCUCGAACUCAACUCUGCUUCGUCAAGGUAAGCAAGUCCACGCUUUUAUAAUCGUAAACAGAAUUUCCGGCGAGAGCUUUAUGGCUGAGAAGAUCUUGGGUAUGUAUGCAAUGUCUGGUAGCUUUUCAGAUUGUGGUAAAUUGUUUUACAGACUUGAUUUACGAAGAAGUAGUAGCAUCAGACCAUGGAAUUCGAUGAUCAGUAGUUUUGUUCGAAUGGGUUUGUUUAAUAAAGCUUUGUCUUUUUACUUCAAGAUGCUUUGUUAUGGAGUUUGUCCUGAUGUAUCCACUUUCCCUUGUCUCGUCAAGGCUUGUGUUGGUUUGAAGAAUUUCAGAGGAAUUGGGUUUCUUCGUGAUACUGUUUCUUCUCUUGGUAUGGAUUGUAAUGAGUUUGUGGCGAGUUCUUUGAUUAAAGCGUAUCUCGAGUAUGGAAAGAUCGAUGUGGCGAGUAAAUUGUUUGAUAGAGUUAGUCAGAAAGAUUGUGUUAUAUGGAAUGUUAUGCUUAAUGGCUAUGCAAAAUGUGGAGCUUCGGAUAGUGUUGUAAAAGGUUUUUGUGAAAUGAGGAUGGAUCGGAUUAGUCCCAAUGCUGUUACGUUUGACUGUGUUUUAUCGGUUUGUGCCUCGAAGUCAUUGAUUGAUCUAGGAGUUCAGUUUCAUGGUCUAGUGGUUGUUUCUGGGUUGGAUUUUGAAGGUUCUAUCAAGAACUCGCUUCUAUCUAUGUAUUUAAAAUGUGGCCGGUUUGAUGAUGCGUGUAAGUUGUUUCGGAUGAUUUCUCGUGCUGAUACCGUGACAUGGAAUUGCAUGAUAUCUGGAUAUGUUCAAAGCGGAUUAAUGGAAGAAAGUUUAGUUUUUUUCUCUGAGAUGAUUUCUUCAGGUGUCUUACCUGAUGCUAUCACGUUUUCUAGUUUGCUUCCAUCAAUUUCUAGGUUUGAAAACCUUGAGUUUUGUAGGCAAAUUCAUAGUUAUAUUGUGAGACAUAGCAUACCAAUGGAUAUCUUCUUAACGAGUGCUCUUAUUGAUACUUAUUUUAAGUGUAGGGGUGUUUCAAUGGCGCAAACGAUUUUCAGUCAGUGUAACACAGUCGAUGUUGCAGUUCUCACGGCAAUGAUCUCUGGGUAUUUGCAUAAUAGCUUGUACAUCGAUGCGUUAGAGAUGUUUAGGUGGCUGGUUAAGGUAAAAAUGAGUCCAAAUGAGAUAACUCUAGUGUCUGUUUUGCCUGUAAUUGGUAGUUUGUUGGCCUUGAAACUCGGGAGGGAACUCCAUGGUUUCAUCAUCAAGAAAGAUUUUGAUAACAGAUGCAAUAUUGGAUGCGCUGUUAUCGACAUGUACGCUAAGUGUGGAAGAAUGGACCUUGCGUAUGAGAUUUUUGGGAGACUCUCUAGGAAGGACAUUGUUUCGUGGAAUUCCAUGAUCACACGUUGUGCACAGAGCGAUGAUCCGAGUGCAGCCAUUGAUAUUUUCCGUCAAAUGGGACUUUCAGGGAUCGGUUUUGAUUUUGUCAGUAUUUCAGCUGCUCUCUCUGCUUGUGCAAACUUACCUUCAGAAAGUUUUGGGAAAGCUAUUCACGGAUUCACAAUAAAACAUUCACUUGAUUCUGAUGUAUAUACCGAGAGUACAUUGAUAGAUAUGUAUGCUAAGAGCGGAAACCUAAAAUCUGCCACAAAUGUAUUUGAGAAGAUGAAAGAGAAGAACAUUGUUUCGUGGAAUAGCAUCAUCGCUGCAUAUGGAAACCACGGGAAGUUGAAGGAUUCUCUAUGUCUAUUUCAUGAAAUGGUUGAAAAAAUCGGAAUUCGUCCUGAUCAAAUCACGUUUCUUGAGAUAAUAUCUUCGUGUUGUCACGUUGGAGAUGUGGAUGAAGGAGUCCGUUUCUUCAGAUCUAUGACUGAGGAUUAUGGAAUCCAACCGCAGCAGGAGCAUUAUGCUUGCAUGGUCGAUUUAUUUGGACGAGCUGGUCGGUUAAACGAAGCUUAUGAAACCGUUAAGAGCAUGCCGUUUUCGCCUGAUGCAGGAGUUUGGGGAACGUUACUUGGAGCCUGUCGGCUUCACAAGAACGUCGACCUUGCGAAAGUUGUUUCGUGCAGGUUAAUGGAUUUGGAUCCGGGAAAUUCUGGUUAUUACGUUUUGAUGUCAAAUGCACAUGCUAAUGCUGAAGAAUGGGGAAGUGUGACUAAAGUAAGGAGCUUAAUGAAAGAGAGAGGAGUUCAGAAAGUUCCCGGUUUAAGUUGGAUCGAAAUCAACAAAAUUACUCAUUUGUUUGUUUCCGGUGACGGAAAUCAUCCCGAAUUUUCACAGAUCUAUCCUUUGCUUAAUUUGCUUCUCGAAGAGCUAAAGUGGAAGGCUAUUGUCCACAGCCUUACCUUCCAAUGCAUCCACAGUCAUCAAGAAAACUAA